CACUUGUUUCGCAAAUCGCAUAUCCUCGCCGGGUCUCUCUCUGCUCCGAAACAGCUUCAAUGGGGGCACUCAUACACUCCUUCUCUGUAGCUUCUCUCACUCCAACGGCUCUAAAACUGGUCUGCACAAAUGGGUCCUCCUCCAAAAACCAAAAUUCAAGCUUGCAAUUCUCAAAUGGAUUCUCUUCGUUUUCUUCUCGUCGGCCAUUUCCAGCUCAGAAGCUCCCAGUAAGAGUCAGAAGGUCGGUGAUUGUUUUUGCGAAGAAGAACAGCAACAAGGAGAAGAAGAAGGAAGACAACCACAGCUUUGCAUCGAAACCGGAUGAGGCCACUGGGCCUUUCCCUGAAUCUGUGCUGCUUAAACAGAAGAAAGUCCAGGAAGAUGGUAACGUUCUCCCUGAGUUUGCAGAUGCCGAAGAAGAGAAGGUGUAUGAAUUUUUGAAGCUUCAGCUGCAAAGCGAUUUGAAUGAAGAACGAAUGCGCCACUAUGAGCUGGUUUAUCUGAUUCAUGAGAAACAUGCCGAAGAGGUUGGGAGUGUCAAAGAGAAAAUUGAAGAGUUUCUAGCGGAGAAGAAAGCCAGGAUAUGGAGAGUGAGCAAUUGGGGAAUGCGAAGACUAGCAUACCAAAUAAAGAAAGCGAAGAACGCUUACUACGUUUUGAUGAACUUUGAGAUGGAAGCCAAAUGGAUAAAUGACUUUAAGACCAUGCUAGACAAGGAUGAAAGAGUCAUUCGGCAUCUUGUUAUUAAGAGGGAUGAGGCAAUCACAGAAGACUGCCCUGCUCCUCCCGAGUUUCACACCCUCGGUGGAGGUACAGAUUCUGAUGAAGAAGAAGAGGAUGAUAUGGAGUAUGAUGACGAAGAGUAUGAAGAUGACGAUGAAGACGGGAUUAUUAUCGUUGACGCUGACAAUGAUGAUAUAGAAGAAGAUAGGGAACAAAGAAGGGUAGAACAACUAGUGUAGGAAAACCAGGAUUGAUAAGAAAACUGAGGGCAGGGAAAGUGAGAAAUAUUUUUGUAUAAAUUUGUGUAACGUUUCAAACAAUAGAUUAUAUUUAAGUAGAUGGUAGCAUAUGAAAGAUUUGUUUUGAUUUAUGUAUCUUAUUUGAUUUAAAUUUAAAUAGCAUAUAAAAGUUUUGUUUGGA